ACAAUUCCUGGCGUUCUUCCGGUUUCCUUUAUCUGAUUCCUAAGAUGGCGGACCGGCGACGUCGAAGGAGGCGCGCAUCCCAGGACAGCGAGGAGGACGAUGAAUCUGGUUCGGGAUCAGAAAGUGGAAAGUCCCUUUCGCCAACGACAAAGCCCCGAGUACGGGACCCUGAACCAGUAGAGGCACCAGCAGUUCGUGUGGUGCCGAAAAACGAUGAAUCCGAGUGUGAAAGUGAAGAUGGUGUAGGAGAAGCUGUCCUUUCUGACUAUGAAAGCGCAGAUCCUGAGGAGAAUGGCUCCCAUUCAGAGGGAGGUGAGGAAGAGGAGGAGGAAGAGGUCCCGCCACCGGCUGCUGGGCCCAAACCCACUCCUGCUUCCGACACCCCUGCUGCAGAGGGGGAGCUGCAGGAAGGAGGGGGAAAGGAUGAGGAGGGGGAGAAAGAUAUGAGGAAAGAAGGGAAGUGUGAAGACAAAGGCAAUCUGGCAGGGGAGCGUCAAAGCGGGGAUGGACAGGAAAGCACAGAAGACUCUGAGAAUAAAGGUGCUAAACCAGGCCAGAAGCUGGAUGAUGACCUGGAUCGUAAUAACCCAGCCUAUAUCCCCCGUAAGGGAAUGUUCUUUGAGCAUGACGUCAGAGGAAAUGCACAGGAGGAGGAACGGCCUAAGGGUCGUAACAGGAAGCUGUGGAAGGAUGAGGGUUGCUGGGAACACGAUAGGUUCAGGGAGGAGGAGCAGGCGCCCAAGUCACGUGAGGAGCUGGUUGCAAUCUAUGGCUACGACAUCCGCAACGGAGGUGUCUCCAAUGAGCGGUCCUAUAGACCGCGCAAGCCCAGACACAGCAUCUCUCCAGUCCGGGACAAGCGCUGGCAGGAUGGAGACUGGGAGAGGCCCGUCCAUACCUCCUGGCAGCAAGGAGGGAACCCCAACAGCCGUAGCGCCCCCCCAGCCGUGGCCCUGCAGCAGUCUGGUUCUCCCCCCUCAGCAGCCCCCAACACCCAGCGCAACAACAACCCCCCCAGGCCCUCCUCCCACCCCCCACCCCGGGGCUUCCAGGGCAACCGCCCCCCCCAGGCCCAGCACAGGAAUGACAGAAACCAGGAGUCCCAACGGCCAGGCCCCAAGGCCCACCCCGCCGAGCCCCUCCAGACCCGGAGUUUACCGCCCAUGGAUGGGGAACGAGGCCCCAGGGGCCGGGGGAACAGAGGGGCCCAUACGGAGCGCAGCCCUUCGGUAGUGGUGGAAGAGGUCCGCAGUGAGGAGGAUGAUGAGCGCAACACAACUACAGUGACAACAUCACAGUCCGUGUACUACAAUCGCCAUUACAGUGGCAAGGGAGAUCGAGAAAGGGACUCUGUGCCACCGCCACGACGACAGGAGCAGCAGCGAGGGGGAUCUGCUCCUCCGGCGGACAACCCGGUUACCCGCGAUGCCUCCCCGGCUCCAGAGCGCCCCGUGGAGAAGAAGUCGUAUUCCCUAGCCAGGAGGACUCGCACCCGGGCCACUGAGCUGGGCAAACAGGCCUCUCUUGAGGAGCCUGCCUCCACCGUGUCUUCCUCGGCCCUGAAGAGUGAGCCGUGGCAGGGCCCCGGUCAGAGUCAGGGGGAUGCUGGAGACAGCAGCCAGGGGACAGUACUCGCAGGGCUGGAUCAGGACCUGGCCAGACUCAGCCUGGCCGGACAGAACUGGCCCCAGAACCCACCUUCGUAUCUACGCACUGAGAUGAGGGGCAUCCCUAACUCUAUGCACAUGGGUGGAGCACCUCCACAAUACAGUAACAUAGAAGAGCUGGGAGCUGGUAACCGGGCAAAGCGGUACUCGUCCCAGCGCCAGAGGCCAAGCCCGGAGCCCGCUCCUCCUAUGCACAUAGGGGUCAUGGAGGGCCACUACUAUGAGCCCAUGUCUUACCAAGGACCAAUCUAUGCCCACGGCGACAGCCCCACCCCUCUCCCACCCCAGGGCAUGCUGGUCCAGCCUGAGAUGCACCUCCCCCACCCAGGCCAUCCAGGACACCCAGGUCUACACCCCCACCAGUCGAGCGGCCCCAUGCCCAACCCGACUCUCUACGCUGCUCCCCCUGUCUCCAUGUCCCCUGGACAGCCUCCUCCACAGCAGCUGUUGGCCCCGCCAUUCUACCCUCCGCCAGGUGUCAUGACCUUUGGGAACACCAACUACCCCUACCCGGCAGGAGCCACCCUGCCCCCCAUGUACAACCCUCCGGCCCAGUCGCAGGUGUACGGCCAGUCGCAGGUGUACGGUGGGGUGACGUACUACGACCCGAUGCAGCAGCAAGCCCAGCCCAAACCUUCGCCUCCCCGGCGCUCCUCCCAGCCCGUCACCGUCAAACCUCCCCCACCAGAGGUAGGGUACGGCCCGGAGUGAGCCACAAACCCCAGCGACCCAACAACCGGGACCGGAGUGGGAAGCCCAGUCAGGCGGUCAGAUCCUAGCGCGACGUUCCGAACGACUACGCCAGUCGGACGAGAGCGAGGGACAGGAAGACUGGGUCUGCGAUAGAGGACCAGCACCACGUGUGGAGCAGAUGACGAAUAGAGUUUUUAUCUGCCUUGUGUUCAGGUGCACCAUUGGUCGGUCGCCCACAAUACUGAAGGGUUUUUGCUGUUUUGGUUCACCUACCAGUGUUUUUUUUUGCCUCUGAGUGGAGUGCUGUCUUAAAAACCCUAUAAAACGUAACCAUAUAAAACCGUUAAAGAACGCCCCUGGUAACAACUCCUCAAACAUUACUUGACACCAAUGAUGACAUUCGUAGGAAUUUGCUUCUUCUAACAAUCUGUCGUUCAACUGUAGGUAUAUUCAUGCAAAACAAAAGGGGUUGUAAGCUCGAACAAAUGUUUAGGACUGGGUUAAAUGUGUCAUGCGAGUAUUAUGGAGAGUUCUAGCUGGGAUAGGUAGUCAUUUUAUGUGGGCUAGCUAGAGCUGUGUUCGUCCCACCCACCAGACAGAUUCUACUCCAGUGUUUCCGGAAUCCUACUCCAUUUUUUUAUUAGCUAACAUGUACACUCCCCUACGUAUUUAUUUGGACAGCGAAGCAAAACUUUAAAUGUCUCUACUCAAGCAUUUUGGAUUUGAGAUCAAUGUUUCAUACGAGGGCGGCAGUACAGGAUGUCGCCUUUAGUUUAAUUUAAGGUUCUUUUAAUAAAUAUAUGUAUUUUUUAGAUAUGAAAGCACUAUGUAUCUAGUCUAAACAUUUUGAAGAUGUCAUAAAGAUUUGGACAAAUUCUCUUGAAUUAAAUUAGUCCAAAGUAUCCUAACACAUCUAUAUUAAUUUGGAUGCUACCAUGAUUACAGAUAAUCAUUCUUGAAUUAUUAUUACCAAGUACUACACUUGAAUACUUAAAUACACAAAGUGAAUUUGUCCAAAUACUUGACACCAUCAAAUGGGGGGGGACUAGAUACAUAAAGUGCUUUAAUUUCUAAAUGUUAUAACAGAUUUGUAUGAAAAUUCCUUCAAAUGAAAGGUGACAUUCUUUAGUCAUAUGAAACAUUUUAAUCUCAUCAAGAUGCUGGAGUAGAGACAAAUACAACAUUUUUGCUUCAGUGUCCAAAUGCGUAGUGUCUCAUUUCAUCUCACAACGGCAUCGUAGGUCUUAGUUUUUAUUUUAUGGUUUCAAGUCUUGUUAACGCACUUUUUAGAUAAAGAAUAAAUCCUAUAUACAGAUGGUGCUAACCUAUAGCUAGUACCCUAGAAUUUCAACAACUUGUUAUUUUCCGUUUCUCUUGAUACCUUCCACAUUGUCCUGUUUUUUUGUUUAAAUGUAUUACUGUAUUACCAGAGAACCAUUUAACCUUGCUUGAAACUGAUGUACUUGACAGUGCUACUGCUUGGUGAUAGCUUUCUAAUGUAAGUGUAUAUAGAUAGAUGUAUAUUAAAGCCUGUGGCUUAAAUUCGUAUAAAUACUACCACCUUAUCAAAUGAAUACUGUCACAAUGAACAAGUCUGCAGGGACGUCCAGUCUGUUUUCUGUAUACAUGGUUAUGGAUGGAUAAAAUUUUAAAAAGAGGCUCUGGCUUUUGAAAUUUAAAUGGUUGUUUGGAAGUUUGCUUUUUCCUUUUUAUUUCCUCAGAGUCCGUUUGUAAAAGUGGAGGGACUGGUGUGGCAACUCUACCACUAAACUGGAUCUGAUUUGUCUGUUUGCAGAACAUACUGCUGAUCCAAAGUGUUUUUGGCUAAAGAAAAUUCCUUUAACUGCUGUGCUUAAACAGGCAGCCCAAUUCUGAUCGUUUUCCACUAAUUGGUCUUUUGACCAAUCACGGCAGAAAUGUUUGAUUGGUCAAAAGACAGAAGAAAAGAAGUUUAAAAGCAGCCUAACAAACCUACAAUACAUGCAUGUUAUACAUACAUACAUACAUACAUACAUACAUACAUACAUACAUACAUACAUACAUACAUAGAUAGAUAUGAUUGUGAAAAUAAUUCAGCAGGUGGCUGCAAGCUGUUAUAGUAAGUCUGCCUGGAAAAGGGCAAGUUAUUGAUGUAUCUUUAAAUUGGCUUUUUCUUUACUGAAUCAGUAUAAACUGAAUUGAAUUGUAUUAAAAGUUAUUUGUUUAGAAAUGGCUGGUAAGAAUGUUAUUUUAAAUGUUUCAUUUUCUCUGCCUUAAGAAUAAAUUGGUUUGUAAUGUUUAAUUUUAAAUAAAGGUUAAAUAAAAAAUAUUUAAAAUUACUAGACCUGCCAACACUGAGGGCUUGUUUCAUAGAUGUUUGAAUAUAUAAAAAUGUUUCUUUGUGGAGCAAAUUUUCUUGAGACAGAGGAAUAUUAAACAACGUAUAUGAAAA